GAGCUGCUGACGUCAUCGCGUUGCUUCGCGUCAUCGACAAGCUAAACGCGGCGACGUCACCGCGCACCGCCGAUUUUGACGACAACUUUAUUGGUAGCGCGGUGCCGGGACCCUUGUGGCGUGACGAUUUGCGUGUAACUUUAUUGGUCAUUCACACCCGCAAGGAGUCGCAGCCGAAGAGGCGGCUAAGUUAUUUACGCGGAUUCUUACCGGGGUUCGCGAUGGAGGCGUUGGUGGCUCACGACAGCUUUCUGAUGCGUCUGGCGAAGAGAAGCGCAGCUCCAGCUGUGACUGGGACCCGGACUCACACACAGCAUGGUGGAGCGAGGUUGACCCCACAGAGCCCGGAGUGCCACGCGGGGAAGAGGCGGAAGGUGGAGGAGGUGGCGGCAGGGAAGAAGACUCCGGGGACGGCGGCGGCAGCGGCGGUGGUGGGGAGGAGCGUGGACGGGCGCAGUGAGGGUAACGGCUCUGCGCUGGCCAUGCUGAGACUUCGACUCCAGGAGAAGGCAGCAGAGAUGAAGAAACCGCACAGAAGACCCGCCGGUGCCCCAGGCUGCGGCAGCGCCACGGCCGCCGACACGGCAGGCGAGCGGCGCUUGCGUCGCCAGGAGGGGCGGCGACGCAAGAAGGAGCAGCGGCGGGAGCAGCGAGCCAAGAUCCAGGACAAGAAGUCCGGGCGCCGCCGCCGCCGUGGCGGCUCGGGGGCCGCGGUGGCUGCGCCGGACGACCGGGCCGGGGCCGGAGCCGGAGCCGGAGCUGAAGCCGGAGCUGAAGCCGGAGUUGGGGCCGGAGCCGGAGUUGGGGCCAAAGCCGGAGCCGGAGCCGGGGCCAAAGCCGGAGCCGGAGCCGGAGUUGGGGCCAAAGCCGGAGCCGGAGUUGGGGCCAAAGCCGGAGCCGGAGUUGGGGCCAAAGCCGGAGCCAGGGCGGGAGCCGGAGGCGAGGGACGGCCGAGAGGCGGCGUGCCACCGCGGAGGGCCGGGGCCGGCGGGAAGGAGCCGGAGCCGGGCGUCGGCGAUCCAUCCCGGAGUUCCACCGGAACCGGACCGGACGGGAGACCGGAACGCGGCGCUGCGGCCAAAGCCGGCGGGAAAACGUUGAAACGCGAAGUGCGGGCGACAGCGGCGGCGGCGGCGGCGGAGUCGGCGAGCGGCGAGGGAGCGACGGGGAAACCGGCCGGCGGCGGCGGCGCCGGCGCCAAGAAGGGGGCCCUGAAUUUCAGCCGCCUGACGUUCGACGGCGCCGAGGGGGACAGGGAGGGGGUGGGGGGGGCGCCCCGCACACGAGCGGAGAAGCGCCGGGCCCAGCGGGCGGCGUCCAUCGGCGGGUUUACGCCGCUCACCGGGAAGAACUACAAACAGCUGCUCGCCCGGGUGGAGCAGAGGGUGAAUGCUGUGAAAGCGGCUCGUGAGAGAGGGGAGGAGGAGGUGGCAAGACGUGUGGAGGAGAAGCAGCGGUGGAGCAACGCCCUCUACAAGGCACAGGGAGUGAAGCUCAAGGAGGAUCCGGCGCGUCUGCGCUCGGCGCUGCAGCGCCAGCAGAAGCUGAAGGCGGCCCGGCGUCGGCGCUGGGAGGCGCGAGCCGGGGAGCUGAGCGAGCGGCGGGGCCGGCGGCAGCAGCGGCGCGACGGCAACGUCGCCGACAAGCGCCACGGCCGGGCCGAGCGCAAGCGACAGAAGGCGCGCCAGCGAGGACGCGUGCUGCCCGGGGACACCGCCUAGUGGGGACGGUUGUGAUUUACACCGCCAACAACAACAACAACAACGUUAGCACCACCAACAACAACAACACCACUAGCACCACCAACAACACCGCUACCACCAACAACAACACCACUAGCACCACC